UAGCUUCGGGAAGGUUCUCGCGCGCCCCGGCCCGCAGCAUCCGCACGCGCCGCCAAGAUGCCCAAGAGGAAGGUGAGCUCCGCAGACCGCGCGGCGAAGGACGCGCCCAAGCGCAGGUCGGCCAGGCUGUCCGCGAAACCGGCUCCUGCGAAAGUGGAAGCAAAGCCAAAAAAAGCAGCGGGAAAGGAUAAAUCUUCAGACAAAAAAGUGCAAGCAAAAGGGAAGAGGGGAGCAAAGGGCAAGCAGGUUGAAGUGACCAAGUCAGAGUCUAAAGAAGACCUACCUGCGGUGAAGGGAGAGGCGAAGAGCGAGGAGAGUCCAGCCUCCGAGGAAGCGGGAGAGGAAGACGCCAAGGCUGAGUCGUCAUCCACCGUGUCCAUCAGCAUCCCUGUCUUCUUCUUGUACAAUCCAGAGGAGCAGCGGGGACGCUCCUCAGAGCCCUGUCCCAGCGAGCAGCUGAAGUGCCAGGGGCCCAAGAUCCAAGAACAGCUGUGA